GCUCCUUCGUCUCGACGCGCGGGCGGCUCGGGGCGCCGCUGUACACCGACGCGACCGCACCCGCCGCGGGCUCCUUCGCCUCAUCGGCGCACGGGCUGCUGUCGGACACGGGCGGCUCCUUCGCCGGGUCUGCGCACGAGUUGCAGCGCGGCGGCGGGCCGGCGGAGGAGGCGGAGGAGGAGGAGGCCGGCGGCGCUGGGCGGCCAGGAGGAGGAGGAGGAGGAGGAGGAGGAGGAAGAAGAGGGCCUCGGGGAGGCCUACAAGAGGGCCGACGGGGAGGAGGAGGCCGAGGAGGAGGAGGGUGCAGGACCGGCCCAGGGCACGGACAGCACCGCCGACACGGCCCAGUGA